AUCCCGUUCAAAGGCGCCGACUCUCAAGAUCCGCUCGCGUUCCGCCACUACAACGCCAGCGAGGAGGUGCUCGGGCGGACCAUGAAGGACUGGCUGCGAUUCUCCGUGGCGUUCUGGCACUCCAUUCGUAACGACGGGAGUGAUCCGUUCGGAUUCCCCACCAAGCGAUGGCCGUGGGACGCGGCCCCCGCCGGUUGCGAAGAUCCCCCGCCACCCAUUGAGCUCGCCAAGCGGCGGAUGAGGGCCGUCUUCGAGCUCAUGCGCAAGCUCGGCGUGGACCUGUGGUGCUUCCACGACAGGGACAUCGCACCGCGGGGUGACACGUUGGAGGAAACCAACGCUAACCUGGACGAGAUCGUGGAGUACGCGGCGCAGCUGCAGGAAGGCACCGACAUAAGGCCGCUGUGGGGCACGGCUCAGCUCUUCGCCGAGCCGCAUUACAUGCACGGAGCCGCGACGAGUCCGAGCGUGGACGUGUUCGUGCGCGCGGCGGCGCAGGUCAAGAAGGCGAUGGACGCCACGGCCAGGCUCGGCGGCGAAAACUUCAACUUUUGGGGCGGCCGCGAGGGCUACGCUUUCCUGCCCACGACGGAGCUGAAAACGGAGCGAACGCACGCGGCGAUGUUCUUCAAGAUGGCCAGGGACUACUGGGUCAAGGACUUGAAGCAGAAGGGCAAGCCGUUGCUGAUCGAGCCCAAGCCGCAGGAGCCCAGCAAGCACCAGUACGACUGGGACGUGGGCACCACCGCGGGUUUCCUUCGCGAGUUCGGCCUCGAGAAGGACUUUAAACUGAACGUCGAGUGCAACCACGCGACGCUCGCGGGUCACAGCUGCUCGCACGAGAUCGAGACCGCGGUGGCCAUGGACAUGCUCGGAGGGCUGGACGCGAACACGGGCGAUCCUCAGGUUGGUUGGGACACCGACCAGUUCAUGACUGACGGCAGGGAGGCGGCGCUCGUCCUCUCAGCGAUUGUUCGAUCAAAGGGCUUCGCCCCGGGCGGCAUCAACUUCGACGCCAAAACCAGGCGCGAGUCCACCGACGUCAACGACCUGCUCUACGCGCACAUAGGCGGCAUGGACGCCAUGGCCAAUGGUCUGAAGCUGGCGGCCAAGUUGGUUGAUCCCGACGGCGCUCUGGAAAGGGUCAAGCGCGAGAGAUACUCGAGCUGGGCGAGCGAGCUGGGCGCGAAGAUCGAAAAAGGCAAGGCGACGCUCAAGGAGCUCGAGAAGCUGGCUCUGGAGGCUGACGGCGAACCCGCGGUGGGCAGCGGGAAGCAAGAGCUGGCGGAUAACAUCAUCGCCGCCGUGGUGGGAUGAGGCGACGAUCCAAACUUCUGUUGUAUACGUUGUAACCUGUACGAUUCAAUUUCCCAGAUGCGCCGGCUCAAAGUCCCUGACGAACACGUUCCCGUCCUCGUCGCCCGUCACUAGCAUCUCCCGGUCCGCCGCGACGCACCCGAUCGAUCGCUUGUGCUCCCUGAACCGAACCCCCCCGAUGGCUCGGAACUCGCCCCCCGAGUACAGCUGCCCGAUGGCCAGGUGACUCAACUCCGCCGCCACGCGUUCCGCCUCCGCCGCCGCGAACGCCGCCGCCGCGAACGCCGCCGCCGACGCCGCCGCAGCCUGGCUGUUCGCCAGCGCCGCCGCCGCCGACGCGACACCCCCCGAAAGCGCGUCCGCCGACUCCAACAGCCGCAUCCCCGCCGCCUCCGUCCUUCGAGCGAGACCCUCCGUCGAUCUCGCCACCGCCGAAGCAGCGCCUCGGCCGCCCCUCCACGCGGUGUGCGCGCACCUCGCCGCGACGUUCAUAAACUCCGAGGACAAGCGCCGGUGGUACCCGUUGACGCCCCCGGGUCGCCAGUUGGACGGCGACGUCCCAUUCGACGCGGCGUUCGUCGAAUUGUUCGACGAAUUGUUGAUUCCGGUUUGAUUCCGAGCGGGGGGCGAUCCGAGACUUUCCGCGCCCUCGCUCGAUAUGAGAGCGUCCGCGUCCUCCCUCGUCGAUGUUUUCCCUAUGCUCCGCAUGUACUCCGCCUCCCGUCUCCCUUCCGCCGCGAGCGUCGCCCUCGCGCGUCGCAACGCAUCCUCCGGGAGGGCCAUCACGUGACACUCGCCGUCGUCGCCGACGGAGACAACCCGACCGCCCCUGACCAACACGGCGGUGACUCGCUCGGCGUGGACCCACCACCGGCGGUACGCGCUCGGCCUGUGCCUGCGACUUCGGGUGGUUAACCCAACACCGUCGGGUUUUACCGGGUUGGGGUUCGGCGGAACCUGUGUUGAACCGUCCAAUAACUCGUGGUCGAAGCGAAGGCCGUCGAAGGCGCCGGACCAGUGCAAGACGCUGCCGUCGUCGCGGCCCUCGACGAUCUGUCCCGCCCACACGUCGAUGCACGUCACCCCGGGCGGGGGGGAGUA